AUGAACCUCCUCCCUGUCCAUCUCCAAGGAGGUAAUUCCACCUCCACCAUGAAGGCUGAUCAAGAACUACAAGUAAUCGUUCAGCAGGGAAAAGAACCAAAUCCAACAGCUAAAGAUCAAGAAAACUCGUUCAUUCGCAGCCAAAAAGAAGUAUCUCACUCAAACACAUACAAACGGUGGCUCCGGGUGACAGUCUAUACAUUCUUUGUCAUUUCAGGCCAGUCAGUUGCUACAAUUCUGGGAAGACUAUACUAUGACAAUGGAGGAAACAGCAAAUGGCUAGCAACGGUAGUUCAACUUGUGGGCUUUCCUGUUCUACUUCCAUACUAUUUCUUGUCAAUCAAAACACAUACAACAACAACUCACAGAGAUGGUAAAACAACCUCACCAAGGAACCGUGUAUUGGUAUACAUAGUGCUUGGGCUUCUUGUAGGAGCAGAUUGUUAUCUAUACUCCAUCGGACUACUUUACCUACCCGUUUCUACAUAUUCUCUGAUCUGUGCAUCUCAGUUAGCAUUCAACGCUUUCUUCUCUUAUUUCCUCAACUCACAAAAACUUACUCCUAUCAUUCUGAAUUCUAUUUUCCUCCUAACUAUUUCUUCCACCCUCCUUGCGUUCAAUAAUGAGGAAUCCAGUGCCACAAAAGUUACGAAAGGACAGUAUGUCAAAGGUUUCAUAUGCACUGUUGGUGCGUCUGCUGGGUAUGGUCUAGUCUUAUCCCUACAACAGCUAGCCUUCCUCAAAGUCCUAAAGAAGCAAACUUUCACAGAAGUUAUGGAUAUGAUCAUCUACGUGAGUCUAGUGGCCAGUUGUGUUAGCCUGGUGGGGCUUUUCGCUAGCGGCGAGUGGAAAUCAUUAAGCAGUGAAAUGGAGAACUACAAGCGCGGGAAGGUAUCUUACGUUAUGAACUUAGUGUGGACAGCUGUUACCUGGCAGGUAUUCAGCAUCGGUGGCACGGGGCUGAUCUUCGAGCUCUCCUCUCUGUUCUCCAACGCAAUAAGCGUUUUGGGCCUCCCCGUGGUUCCUAUCCUGGCUGUCAUCAUUUUCCAUGACAAAAUGAAUGGGUUAAAGGUGAUUUCUAUGAUCAUAGCUAUUUGGGGUUUCACAUCCUAUGUUUAUCAACACUAUCUUGAUGACAAAAAAUUGAAGAAAAGUCAUGGAAUCAAAACAAAGGAAUCCCCUGAACCACCAGAAGCAGAAGAAGGGUCAAGUGGGCAAUCAAAUUAA